AUGACGACCGCAGCACCUCAACAUGCCACUGCGGCACACAACCUCUCACAGUCAGCCCGCGCUGAAGCAGAAUAUACCAAGGGCACCCAACCCAGCACAUUUAUUCCCCGCGGCGAUACUACAGUCACCUUGAAUUACUUCAGACCUCCUGAAGAUGGUUCAGUACCGUACAACUACGUAGAGAAGCAAGCCGACGGACAUCAGCGCAACUUCGGCGACUUCGACGUACAGCUUCCAAUCCGGGACAUCCGCGGCCGGGAAAAGGAAUACAGCCUCGACAAAGACGCAUUCCAAGUCGUAGCUGGCUUAUCGGAGUCCGCCGAGAAAGAUUUCGUCGACGAUGCCUCCAUCAAAGAAAAAUACUACCCAGAAGUGGAGAAACUGAUACUGGAGAAUGUUGAGGGAAGCAACCGCGUGUUCAUCUUCGACCACACGAUCCGCCGCUCGAACCCCAAUGCUCCAAGAGCACCAGUCACCAGAGUGCAUAUCGACCAGACAAAGAAAUCUGCAACUGCGAGGGUUCACCACCAUCUACCUGAGGAGGCGGAGAAAUUAUUGCAAGGUCGAUACCGCAUUAUCAACAUCUGGCGGCCGUUGAACGGUCCAGUGCAAGCUUCGCCUCUUGCCUUCGCCAGCUCGUCGUCCUUGAAGGAUGAAGACCUGAUCCCCAUCGAACACAGAUAUCCAGAUCGAACUGGUGAGACUGCGGGUAUCAGGUUCAACGAAAGUCAGAAGUGGCACUACUUGUCAGGCAUGAGGAACGACGAAAGAUUGUUCCUGGAGUGUUUUGAUUCAGAGGCUACGAAGCCUGGCACCAAGGUUCUGGGUGGAAGAGUUCCUCAUACUGCUUUCCAAGAUCCAAGAACGCCAGAAAAUGCUGUGGGUAGAGAGAGUAUCGAGGUUAGAGCUCUUGUUUUCGGCCCAUGA